CGCCGGAGAAGAAGUUGAAACGCUACUUUCACCAUGUUGGAGUUAGUUCUGCAAGCUGGAAGAGCAGCAAGUGGGAAAAUUGAAGUCCUGUACUUGAAGUAUUGUUACCUAACGUGACCUCUUUGUGCUGCUUCCCAGCAGUCCUCCCAGGCAUGGAAGAGAAGGUGGUUUGUGCUUCGGAGCGGCCGCCUAACGGGGGAUCCGGAUGUAUUGGAAUACUACAAAAAUGACCAUGCCAAGAAGCCUAUCCGUAUUAUUGACCUAAAUUUGUGUCAACAAGUGGAUGCUGGAUUAACGUUCAACAAAAAGGAGUUUGAAAACAGCUAUAUUUUUGAUAUCAACACUAUAGAUCGAGUUUUCUAUUUGGUAGCAGACAGCGAGGAGGAGAUGAAUAAGUGGGUUCGAUGUAUCUGUGAUAUCUGCGGGUUCAACCCUACAGAUGAGGAUGCUGUGAAGCCACCAGUUAGUUCUUUACAACCAUCUGCUGAGUUACCCUUGCCCAUCAGCACUUCACCGCCCUCCCUGCAAGCAGAAUCUUCCCUUCCUUCUCCUUAUCGGCUCAUUAACGUCCCCCCUCUGGAGUCUGCCUCUGGUCAAGAAGAUCCUCAAGACUACUUACUGCUAAUAAACUGUCAAAGUAAAAAACCUGAACCUAUGAGCCAAGGGUCACCUUUUCUCUCAGAAGAAGGGCAGGAAUACCUGCUAUUAGAAGACUUUGAAAGUAAAAAGAUUCCACUUCAAUCUCAGGCUGACUCUGCAAAAUCCAGCUCUUCAGAAACAGACUGCAAUGAUAACGUGCCCUCCCACAAGAACCCUGUUGCACCAGGGAGCAAGCACGCUGUGAACGGCUUCUUCCCGCAGCAGGGCGCCUACGAUUCCCCGCCUUCCCGCUCCGCGCUGGCGGACUCCAGCCUCUACAACCUGCCCAGGAGUUACUCCCAGGAUGUUCUGCCCAAGGCAGCGUCUCCAUCUGGAACUGAUGCCGAAGGAGAGCAGCAUGUUUUCAAUACCCCAUCAGCAGUGUCGUUAGACACGCAGAUGAGGCACAUCUCCAUUAGCUAUGACAUUCCCCCCACACCCGGAGGUACUUAUCAGAUCCCACGAACUUUUCCAGAGGGAACAUUGUCUCAGACUUCAAAACUGGAGACUAUUCCAGACAUCCCUCCACCUCGGCCCCCCAAACCUCACCAGGCAGCGGAUCGCUCUCCUGUGGAGACGUGCGGCAUCAGCCGCACCGCGUCGGACACGGAGAGCAGUUACUGCGUCCCCGCUGCAGGAGCGCCGCCCUCGCGCAGUAACACCAUUUCCACGGGAGACCUGAACGUCUUCCGGAAAGAAAUUAGUUCUCAAGACUGUUAUGAUAUUCCACGAACGUUUCUGAAUGACAGAUCUAAUUCAUUGGAGGGCUUCCAUAACCACUUUAAAAACAGAAGCAUGUUGACAGUGGGAAGUGUUUCAAGUGAAGAACUAGAUGAAAAUUAUGUCCCAAUGAAUCCCAACUCUCCUCCACGACAGCAUUCCAGCAGCUUCACUGAACCCAUCCAGGAAACAAACUAUGUACCCAUGAUACCUGGCACGUUUGAUUUUCCAUUGUUUGGAAAGCAAGUCCCUCCUCCUGCUCACAUGGGUUUCAGGUCCAGCCCAAAGACCCCUCCCAGACGGUCGGUGCCUGCUGCAGAGUGUGAGCCACCGCCGGUGGAUCGGAACCUCAAACCUGACAGAAAAGGUCAAAGUCCUAAAAUUUUAAGACCUAAACCACAUGGUUUAGAGCGAACUGAUUCACAAACCAUAGGUGACUUUACUACAAGAAGAAAGGCAAAACCAGCUCCACUAGAAAUAAAACCUCUGCCUGAAUGGGAAGAAUUACAAGCUCCAGUUAGAUCUCCUAUCACCAGAAGCUUUGCACGAGACUCCUCCAGGUUUCCCGUGUCUCCCAGACCGGAUUCAGUUCAUAGCACAACUUCCAGCAGUGACUCGCACGACAGUGAAGAGAAUUAUGUAUCCAUGAACCCAAAUCAGUCCUCUGAAGACCCAAAUUUGUUUGGAAGCAACAGCCUCGAUGGAGGAAGCAGCCCUAUGGUAAAACCUAAAGGAGAUAAACAAGUGGAAUAUUUAGAUCUGGACCUAGAUUCGGGAAAGUCUACCCCACCUCGUAAGAAGAAGAACAGUGGCUCAGGCAGCAGCGUGGCAGACGAGAGGGUGGAUUACGUUGUGGUGGACCAGCAGAAAACACUGGCCCUGAAGAGCACGCGGGAGGCGUGGACUGAUGGCAGACAGUCCACCGAGUCCGAGACACCCACCAAGAGUGUGAAGUGAAAACACUGCUCUGGCUUUGAAGAAUGGAAAGAAGUGAAUUUUGAAGAAUCACAGAACCACAAUGGCAGUGCUGUUCAGCUGCACAGUACCUGAUUCCCUGGGCUGGGAAUCAGUUCCUCGCCAAAUAAGUUGGAAGCCAAAAGACACUUUGAAUAUAUCAAAGAAACUUUAAGAUCCUGAAUUGGCUCUGUCUGGAAAAAUCACAGCCUGUAAAUAACCUGUAAAAUAAUAUUACUUAGGUUUCAGAAAACCUUUUGUUCUGUAGUUAACACAUUUGUAGUAUUACUGUGUUUAUGCACUUUUUCAGUUACAAUGUUGGUUCAGGUAUUCACAGUUAGUGUACCUUAAUGUCUAAUUAAUCUGGAGAAUUCUUUUUUCCUUACACUACUAUUCCUCACAAUUUUAGGUUAAUUAAGCUACAUGUAGAAAUGGAAAUUAAUAUUUGAACUUCAUUUUAACAACUCAAAAUUGAUUUUGCAGAAAUACUUUCACAAUUGAAUAAUCUACUUGAAAUGCCAAGAGACAACCGUUAGUUACAUGUUUGUUUAUAUUUAAUACGUACAAGAUUAUUUGGAAGUCUACAGGUUUACCUUCCUAACAAAAAAUAGCUGUGAGUUAAUAAUAAUGAACUGUACUGGGUUUAGACCUAAAAUCCUGGCUUAUAUGUUAGUUGUUAGUGGUGGAACUUCUAUUGUGUUUUAUUAAUGACAGUGUUCUGUGUUCAAUCAGUGAAGAUUCUGCAGGGUGGGAUCUUACACUUUCAAAGACUGAAUAAUUAAAUGUCAAGUAAGCCUGCAAACCACUGAUGGCAUGCAGUAAUAUUGUGAUCUCACACUUAUUAACAAGAAAUAACCUUUAUAUUAUUUACAGAAGGUAGAGUAUAUAAAUCAGGUACGUACCAAGCACUGUUGUGCUAAUACACUGAUCAGGUUUAGACGAUGAGCUUUAGUUUUGUACUGUUUAGAAGUUCUAAUGUCAGUUUUCAGUUCAAGAUUAAUGGGACAGUUUGACAUUCACUUUUUGUAGUACUAGCAAAAUACUGUGAUUUUGAAUUAGACAUUAACUCAAAUGGAAAUACUAUGUUUUAACACCAUAGUGCCCUUCUUAUGAGCUCUAUUUUACUUUAAUCUCCUGCUUGGCCUUAUAUUUAAAUCCCUAUGCAAUUGAUAUUUUAUAUCUCUGUUUUUAAAAAUUAGAUAAUGUACCUAAAUUAUCCCCUUGUACACCACUUGUUGCUAUUUCCUGGUACAGGAUUUUAAACUCUGUAUACUGUGAUCCUUUAUUUUACUAUGCCAGUUCCAAAUAAUAAUCUGCCUUGGUUUAGAAACAUUUUUUGUUAUUUGGAAGAAGAUAGAAUUCUUUAAAUACAUGAAUGAGUUAGGUCUAGAUAGAAAACUUACUAACACUUUUGUUUUAUACAAAUACCCUCAAUUAAGUGGUUGGUUUAAUUUUCCUGCCCAAUUGGGGUUUUUUUUUUUGUCCAGAUCAUUUAAAAGUUGAGCUUAAAGCUGCAUUGUUUUCUGGCAUGUUGGCCUUCGUACUGUGCCUAAUCUACCAUCAGUUGUUUCUCUCCCUCACAGCCACAAUUUAAAGUAUGUAAAUUAUCUUCUUCCUAACAAAUGUUCUUUUUAAAUUAGUAAUAUUUUGAUGCUUUGAAUGUUCAUUAAAAAAAAAGAAACUGAACACAAUGCAUUUUGAGGUGAAUUUUAAAUAAAUCAAGUUGUUCUGUU